AUGACCUUGGAAGAUUUCGAGAAGUCGCUGGCGGAGGACCAGGAUCGACGUCAGGAGAAGAGCGACAAGGGGCGCCAUCCAGACCGCGAUCGGAGCAAAGAUCAUUCCGGCCGUCACCACCGUCAUUCCAGCCACCAUCACCGACGGCAUUCAUCACGAUCUCGCGAGCGUGACAAUAGACGAGAUCGCGACUCCAGACACCGCGAUGAUGAUAGCCACAGACACAAGCGUUCUCGCCACGGGACGGACCAUGGAGACGACCGUGAGCACUCACAUAAGCGCCGCCACAAAGACGACAGAGACAUCGAACCUGUGGCACCCAAGACAGUCGUCCAGGAGGAGCCCAAUCCUUUGAAGCGAGACUCCUGGAUGGAAGCACCAUCCGCCCUCGAUAUCGACUAUGUUCAUCGGCCGCACCCUAAGCGCCUGGAAGAGUCUACGAAGCCAAAGAUGCUCCAAGCGGAUUAUGAGCUCAAGAUCCAUGACAAGGAGCUCAACAGCCACCUCCGUGAUCUUAAAGAAGGGAAGACUCUUGAUGAUAUCGAUGAAUUGCCUGCACAGCAUCAGGUGGAUUACACAUUUGGGGACUCAGGAUCCCAGUGGAGAAUGACCAAGCUCAAGGGCGUCUACAGAGAAGCUAAAGAGAGUGGCAAACGCGUCGAAGAGGUUGCCAUAGAGCGGUUUGGUGAUCUGCGCUCGUUUGAUGACGCCCGAGAAGAAGAAACCGAGAUGGACCGUCGCAAGAUGUAUGGCGAGUCCUAUGUUGGCAAGGACAAGCCAAGCGGAGAGCUAUUCCAGGAGAGGAAGCUUCAAGAAGCAGCUCACCGGGACUCGCACGUGCAUGUUCGCGAUCCUGCGGAGGAGCUCAAAGCGGAGGGUCAGGGAAAGAGAAUGGAUACAGUCCCUCCAUCGAACACGACCAGACCUCUUGACCAGACAGCAUUGAACCGUCUCAAAGCUCAGCUGAUGAAGGCAAAAUUAAAAAAAGCUUCCAAUGCGGCUGAGCUGGAAGAACAAUACAACAAUGCCGCAGCUGCAUCGCUGUCAAAUCGCAAGGAGGCGGACGUUGUGGUGCUUGGUGUCCAGCAGAACCGCAUGCUUGCCGGCUCAAGGAAUGAGGUCAAGCCGGUUGAUACCAAGCGAGGCCGUGAAAGAGGCCUAGUGGAAGACAACGAAGACAUGAGCAUUGAGGACAUGGUUCGCGAGGAACGCAAGACCCGCGGCCAAGCGGGAGGUGAAGGACAGCGGCUAGCAGAGCGCAUUGCGCGGGAUGGGAAGUUUGAGAAUGACUUGGAGUAUAUGGACGACCAGGCUUCCAAACUGGCCAAACGAGUGCACCGAUCUGAAAUCGACAUUAAGAGCGCUACAAUUAAUGACUUCCGCAAGAUGAAUCGCAUUUUAGAUAACUGCCAACUCUGCCAUCACGAAGAUACGAACACCCCUCCAGUGGCGCCUAUCGUCUCCCUCGCAACCAGAGUCUAUCUCACCCUUCCCACCGAGCCUGAAAUUAGCGAAGGAGGAGCGACUAUCGUGCCCAUCCAGCAUCGAAACAAUCUCCUGGAAUGUGACGAUGAUGAAUGGGAGGAGAUCCGUAACUUCAUGAAGAGCCUGACACGCAUGUACCACGACCAAGGCCGGGAUGUUAUCUUCUACGAGAAUGCGGCCCAGCCACAACGCAAGCGUCAUGCAUCUAUGGAAGUCGUCCCUCUACCAUACAGUCUUGGAGAGACCUCGCCUGCGUUCUUCAAGGAGGCGAUUUUAAGUGCCGAGUCAGAAUGGUCACAGCACCGCAAGCUCAUCGAUACCUUGGCCAAGUCCAAGCAGGGGCUUGGUAGGUCUGCAUUCCGCCGGACUCUGGUGAAGGAAAUGCCCUACUUCCAUGUCUGGUUCGAGCUUGAUGGGGGCCUAGGCCAUAUCGUUGAAGACGAUCACCGCUGGCCCCGUGGAGACCUAUUCGCUCGCGAGGUCAUUGGCGGCAUGCUCGACGUGGCUCCCGACGUUAUAAAGCGCCAGGGUCGUUGGAACCGGGGUGGUGAUCCAAGGGUCGAGGGGUUCAAGAAGCGAUGGAGGAAGUUUGACUGGACGCGGAUUCUGGUCGAGGGAUAG